AUGAUACGUUUCUAUGAGACGUUAAAAGCUCGAUUCGAUUGCAUCCUACUCCAAGGUACCGUAGUUAUGAAUCCGGUAUAUUUUAUUGGGGUAGAUGUUGGAUCGGGGAGUGUACGUGCUGCGUUAGUUGAUCCGACAGGACGUGUCAUCAAAUUAGCCGCCAAAAAUUUGAAAACGUGGAGGCCAAAAGUCGAUUAUUAUGAACAAUCUUCGAAUGAUAUAUGGGAAUGUUGUGAAAAUGUAAUCAAGAUUAUGACUAAAGACAUUAAUAAAGAAUUUAUAAAAGGUAUUGGAUUUGAUGCUACAUGUUCUCUUGUUGUCUUGGAUAAUAAUGGGAAUCCAAAGGCUGUCAGCAACUCUAACAAUGAUGACCAGAAUAUCAUUAUGUGGAUGGAUCAUCGGGCGCAAGAAGAAGCUGAUAUUAUCAACAAAACUGGCCAUUAUAUCUUGAACUAUGUUGGUGGAAAAGUUAGUUUGGAAAUGGAAAUGCCUAAGCUACUUUGGUUAAAGAGACAUAUGUCUAAGUCUUGGCCUGAAUAUGGUUACUUUUUUGAUCUCCCAGAUUUUCUGACUUGGAAGGCGACUGGUGCCACAACAAGGUCUCUAUGUUCAUUGGUAUGUAAGUGGAAUUAUGAAUAUUCAACAGACGGUAAACAGGGUUGGAAUGUUGAUUUCCUAAAAUCUAUUGGUCUAGAUGAUCUGCUUGAGGAUAAUUUUAAAAAGAUUGGCAGUAAGGUGUUAAUGCCAGGAGAUUAUUGUGGAGGUCUAAGAGAAGAAGUUGCAGAAAAAUUGGGUCUUUUAGCUGGUACACCAGUCGCCACAUCAAUUAUUGAUGCUCAUGCCGGGGGUCUUGGUAUGAUUGGUACAAAGGGAGAGAAUAUCGACCAGCAGAUGUCCACCAGGUUAGGGUUAAUUUGUGGUACCUCUACCUGCCAUAUGGCUGUUAAUAUGAACCCUAUAAGUGUUCAAGGAAUAUGGGGUCCUUACUUUAGCGCUAUGGUACCUGACAUGUGGUUAAAUGAAGCAGGUCAAAGUGCAUCGGGCAUGCUAUUAGAUCAUGUAAUUUCAAGCCAUCCUAUGGGAGGAAAUCUCUUGAAGAAUUUGAAUACUGGAGAUGUAAGAAAGUAUUUGAGAGAGCUGUUAAUAAAAAUGGCAGAAAGUAAAGGCCUUGCGGAUGUUAGUUUACUGACCAAAGAUUUCCAUAUCUGGCCAGAUUUCCAUGGGAAUCGUUCUCCUUUAGCGGAUCCUACUAUGAAGGGCAUAAUAGUUGGAUUAACUAUUGAUAACAGUGAAGAAAACUUGGCUCUUCUUUAUUUAGCUACAUUACAAGCCCUAUCUUAUGGCACCAGGCAUAUUAUAGAUGUUCUAGUAAUGUCUGGUUAUUCACAAUUCAAGUCUUUGCCGAUAUGUGGAGGAAUUACCAAAGAUCCACUGUUCGUACAAAUCCAGGCUGAUUCUGUAGGACUGCCUGUUCUAUUGCCCCAUGAGAAGGAAUCUGUACUUGUUGGAUCAGCUAUUUUAGGUGCAUGUGUUUCUAAGCAUUUUAGUGAUAUCAAGAUGUCUAAGAGAAUUGCAGAAGAGAGUGGAAAUGGCAGCAGCCAACCACCGAUUAAGAAGGUUCAUUUCGAACCACACCUUAUUGGCCCUGUGUCUACCCUUGAAGAAAUGGACAUUAAAGUCCUUCAAUUCCAGAACAAAAAGUUAGCACAGAGGAUUGAACAAAGACACAGGUGUGAAGCAGAACUGAGAGCAAGGAUUGAGCAGUUAGAAAAACGACAGACCCAAGAUGAUGCAGUAUUGUGUGUCGUCAACCGUUACUGGAAUUUACUUAAUGAGGAUAUUAGAGUAUUAUUGCAGAGAUUCGAUGCAGAGACUGCUGAUGAAUCUGAAAAUAAAAAUGAGAAUGAAGCUACCACUUCAUUUCUUAUGCAAUUGUCCACUUGGGAUAAAGAAGAGUUGGAUGCACAAUUGGCCAAUAGAGUACAAGUAAGCAAACGAGCUGUGGCUAAGGUUUUACAAGCUUUUGAUAGACUGCAGCAGAGAAAUGAUAAAAUAUGGAGAGCUAUCAAAGGGGAGAGUGAGGAGAGUGCACCAGCGCCAUCCCUGGAUGAAGUUAUCCGAGCAACAAAUGAGGAAGUUACAGUGGAGAAUCGUCGUUUACAAGCAUUGUGCACAACACUGCAUGAAAGCCAUCAUGCUAUGACUUUACGAGUGGCGCAGUUACAAGAUGCAGUUAAUAGUAGGGACACGGAGAAUGCUGAGCUCAAGAAUCAAAUUGACGAUCUUCAAUAUGAGCUGAUGAAGGUUCGUUCACGCAAUGAUAAGUUAGAAAAUCAUUUAGCUGAGGCUAUAGAGAAGUUGAAGAGUUAUCACCAGUCUGGUACGAGUGUGAGUGCUAGUGUGGCCGCGCCGUGCCCUCCACACUCGGCUGCCAGUGCGAAAUUGGAGGACGUGGCUGCAGAGCUUGAAGAGCAACGAGAAUUGGCCAACAAUAGACUGGCUGAGUUAGAUCGUCUGCAUAGACAACAUAGAGAUACUCUCAAGGAAUUGGAGAAGCUUAAGAUGGAUAUUCGCCAGUUGCCGGAGUCUGUUAUAGUAGAAACCACAGAGUACAAGUGUCUUCAAAGUCAGUUCUCAGUUCUUUACAACGAGUCCAUGCAAAUGAAGACCGCACUCGAUGAAACACGGCUUCAACUACAGAACGCGAAAAAUCUUCAUAUGAGGCAAAUUGAGAUGAUGGAGAGUGAAGAGCUUGCAAGGCAGAAGGCUUUAAGGGCUGAAAUGAUACAACUUGAAGAUGUGCUCGGUCAGCUGAGGAAAGAGUAUGAGAUGCUGAGAAUAGAGUUUGAACAGAAUCUAGCGGCUAAUGAGCAGACUGGUCCAAUUAAUAGAGAAAUGAGGCACCUCAUUACAUCACUACAGAAUCAUAACCAACAGUUGAAAGGAGAGGUUCAUAGGUAUAAAAGAAAAUAUAAGGACACUAGCCAGGAAUUAAAUAAGAUCCGCAAGGAGCUCGAAGAUGCUACCAGUCGUGUGGGCUCGGGACCUCAUCCCCCACCAGAGACAGAUGAGAAGCCUGUGGUUAAGAAAGAAGAACCGGAGCCGGAGGUCGCUCGUGGCGAUGAAGGUGGCAGUGGUGGGGAAAAUAAGAUGGUGGCUGCCACAGCUAAUAAAGAGCAUGGUAGAGCCAAGUUACAUGAACAAGAUUUACUUAUUAAGGACCUUAAACAACAGCUUAAAAAAGCAGUGAACGAGCAGAAGGAAUUGAAGCUGUUACUUGACAUGUAUAAGGGAGUUAGUAAAGAACAACGGGACAAGGUGCAGCUCAUGGCGGCUGAGAGGAAAGCCAGGAUGGAGUUAGAAGACCAUCGACAGAAAGCUAAGAUGGCGCAGGAAAGCAAACGCGAGAGGCGCGUCGCGGAUGAGGACGCACUUCGUAAGAUAAAACAGUUGGAGGAACAAAAGUACGAGCUACAGAAACAGUUAUCGUGCGCUAGACCUAACAAUGAUCCACUCAUGGCCUUCCCUAGACCAUUCGCUGGGUCACAGGAAGAAGAAGCUUUACUGAACGAGAUGGAGGUAACGGGACAAGCAUUUGAAGACAUGCAGGAACAGAAUUCCCGGCUCAUACAACAAUUACGAGAGAAGGAUGACGCUAAUUUCAAACUUAUGUCAGAAAGAAUAAAGGCCAAUUCACUGCAUAAGUUGCUCCGCGAAGAAAAACAGCUUUUACAAGAACAGGUAGUGACGAGGGACCAACAGAUAGAGUCGAUGGGGCUAGUGGCACGUCGGCUUGAAGAAAAAGAACGUCUGUUGCAGAACACUCUGUCAGCGGUGGAGAAGGAACUAUUAUUACGACAGCAGGCUAUGGAAAUGCAUAAAAGAAAGGCCAUAGAGUCUGCACAGUCAGCGGCUGAUCUUAAACUUCAUCUUGAAAAAUAUCACGCACAGAUGAAAGAAGCUCAACAGGUGGUCGCAGAGAAAACAAGCGCGCUUGAGGCGGAGGCUUAUAAAACAAAAAGAUUACAUGAGGAGCUAGCGGUGUUACGUCGCAAGGCCGAGCGUAUGAAGAAAAUGGAACAGGCGGGUAGUUCCAUGGACGAAGUUCUAUUAGAAGAAAUACGAGAGUACAAGGAAACUCUCACCUGUCCUUCAUGCAAGGUGAAACGAAAGGAUGCUGUGCUGUCGAAGUGCUUUCACGUCUUCUGCUGGGACUGUCUCCGCACUCGCUAUGAGACGCGUCAACGGAAAUGUCCAAAAUGCAACGCGGCCUUCGGGGCCAACGAUUACCACCGGCUUUAUCUUUCCACUUAA